UUUUUUUUUUUAAUUGUUGAUUCUCUACAUUUUUCGAACAAUGUGACAGUAUCUUUGGCUUAGCAGCUACUGGUUUUCCCCCCUAGGCAGUGGGAGGAUUUUUGUGUGAGGUGGUAGAGAAGUGCGGGUGCUUUUCUGAGGCUGAGGACUUAAUUGCAGGUCAGAAGCAUUCUGCAAGGGAAACAAAAAUUAAGUGGGCCAUGCAGGUGCAAAGAGGGGCUUUUAGAGUGGGGCGAAUUGGUGCUGGAAAGUGAACGCGAGGGUUGCUUUCUUGGGCUGCAGGGAAGUAGAUCAUUGUUCUGCGUGUCUCCUUGUCUUUCGUAGAUUGAGCCUCGUGUCAUCCCUUGACUCUGGUUUUGUCAUCUUUUUUUGCUUUCGGUUCGUAGGACUGCUGCCUUUGAGAAGGGACCUGUUCUGUGGCUGCGCGGUGUGCAGGCUGCUGGGCUUCCUUCCCAUACAGCGUCUUAGGUUUCUGUAGGCAUUUGUGUUAUGCUUCUUUAUUUUCGAAUUUUCUAAAUGUAGCCUUCCAUGCAAUGCCUCUCAUUUCCCCCCGCGUUGAUUAACUUCUCCACGUUGCCUUUUUCUAGGGUUUUUCCUGGGGUUAGUUUUCCCACUAUCUUGGAGAGAAUGGGUUGGAGAAGCUUUGUGUUUGAGAGGUCUUCAGAAGUCAUGGAAAACAUAGAUGAUGAAAAACUUGCAUGGAUUUCAAUUGUUUUGCGCAAAAUAAAGUUUUCAAAAACUACUUGAGAGACAGAGCUUCCUGACAUAGACAGAUGUUGCAUUUGCUGGUUUGCUCCCCAAAGGACAACAGCAGCUGGGGCAGGGCCAGGCCAAAGCCAUGGGCAUGAAACUAAAUCCGAGUCUCCCGGAUGGGUUUCAGGGACCCAAGUGCUUGAGCCAUCACCUGCUGCCUCCCAGGGUGCGCAUUAGCAAGGAGCUGGAACUGGAAACAGGAAUUGCUGAGACUGGAACCAGGCAUUCCCAUACGGGAUGUGGGUGUCAAAAAUAUGUCCCUAAAUUUUCAUUUUACUUUUCUGUGAACAUUUGGAAGUACCCUUGUAUUGCAGGAGAAAGAAUCAGAGUAUGUAUAGUCAAUAACUGUUAACUGGAAAAGCUGGGACUUGUGGGUUCUUCAGUCGUGCUGGGGUUUAGAUAAGUUGAGAGAAUGGAAUGUGGUGAGAGGUGUGGGGUUGUUAACACAUGAGAAGGGCUUGGGAGAGAAAACAGAAGUUCAGUACAGGAGAUUGGAUAGGGAAAGCCAGCAGUUGGACUUUAAUAAAAGUGAGAUAUGGAGUGAGAAGAUUUUUUAAGUUCAGAACAAGGAAUCUAGAGAAAUUAUGGAGACAAUAGAAAUAAAAGACGCUGCUGUGUUUAAAUAGAGCAUUGUGUUAAAGACAUGAUGUGUAACAGGAGCUAGUGAGCCUUGGAGGAGCUGCGAAGCAUAUGGUAAAUACUAUUAGGAAGGAAAUUGAAGAAGUAAACUAAGAAGAUAGUUGAUGGGAGCUGUAAAUAUUUGGGAUCAAGAAGAUGGCUCUUUCCCUGGGGGGUGAAGUGGAGUAAGAUGAUGUAUCCAAAGUUCAUAUUUGUUUCUUACGUGCAUGCUAGCUGUUAGUCUGAGUGUGAGGCUGUACGGACCAUUUUGGAUUUAACUAACUAGCCCCCUUUUCAGUUACUUAGGGGUUGUUUAUUCCAUCUUGUAUUCAUACGGGGUAGGCUGAAAUCCUUAGGCAGGUUCAUGAGGCUUUGGAUGUGGAUUGGAGGCCCAGUUACCAGAGUUAGGGUGUAGAGUAGUUGAAAAUGUCACUUGGAUUAUCUGUGUGGAAGGAGAGCAAAGGGAGAAAGUGGAGAGAUUUGAAAGACAAUAGAAUCAAUCCUUCUUUGCCUAGAGUGGAGAAAAGAAAAUCUAGGUGCAAGGAAGAAUGGUGUAGUAGUCUGUGGAAGAGCAUUAGUGGGAAAAGGCCGUGAGAACUGGGCUACGAUUUUUGCGGCGAGGAAGCAGUGUGGGUAGGAUGAGGGGGGGUUUCUUAGACCAGGAGGAUGAAGGAGCAACAUGCAGUAAGAGGUCCAGUGUGAGAGGACAGGUGUUGAACUAGGGAUGCAGGAGAGCAGGGAUGUGGGUGGUGGUAGGUGGUUAGUUUGGGGCCAGGGGCCUGACCCGUAUCUCCCCGCUCCCCCCCAGGAGCGGUGGUGCCCCCCGGGCACAGGGCCAUGUACAACGGGAUCGGGCUGCCGACGCCCCGGGGCAGCGGCACCAACGGCUACGUCCAGCGCAACCUGUCCCUGGUGCGGGGCCGCCGGGGUGAGCGGCCUGACUACAAGGGAGAGGAGGAACUGCGGCGCCUGGAGGCUGCCCUGGUGAAGCGGCCUAAUCCUGACAUCCUGGACCACGAGCGCAAGCGGCGCGUGGAGCUGCGAUGCCUCGAGCUGGAGGAAAUGAUGGAAGAGCAGGGGUACGAGGAACAACAAAUUCAGGAAAAAGUGGCGACCUUUCGACUCAUGUUGCUGGAGAAGGAUGUGAACCCCGGGGGCAAGGAGGAGACCCCAGGGCAAAGGCCAGCGGUAACUGAGACUCACCAGUUGGCAGAAUUGAAUGAGAAGAAGAAUGAGCGACUUCGUGCUGCCUUUGGCAUCAGUGAUUCCUAUGUGGAUGGCAGCUCUUUUGAUCCUCAGCGUCGUGCUCGGGAGGCUAAACAAGCAGUCCCUGAGCCUCCUAAACCUUACAGCCUUGUGCGAGAGUCUAGCAGUUCUCGCUCACCCACUCCAAAGCAAAAGAAGAAGAAAAAGAAGAAAGACAGAGGACGCAGGUCAGAGAGCAGCUCUCCACGACGGGAGAGAAAGAAGAGCUCAAAGAAGAAGAAGCACAGAUCAGAAUCUGAAUCAAAGAAACGGAAGCAUAGGUCUCCCACUCCAAAGAGCAAACGUAAAUCUAAGGACAAGAAACGGAAGCGGUCUCGAAGUACAACACCAGCCCCCAAGAGUCGCCGGGCCCACCGGUCAACCUCUGCUGAUUCUGCUUCCUCUUCUGAUACUUCCCGUAGUCGGUCUCGAAGUGGUGCAGCUAAAACUCAUACAACUGCCUUGACUGGGCGAAGUCCUUCCCCUGCUUCAGGGCAUCGAGGGGAGGGAGAUGCACCUUCCAGUGAGCUGGGUACCACCAGUGUACAACGGCCUGGCAGCCCAGAGCCCUCCACGAAGCAGCCUGGUAGUCCUUUGGAAGACAAAGACAAGAAGGAGAAAUCUGCAACUCGAUCUAGCCCUUCUCCGGAAAGGAGCAGCACAGGCCCAGAACCACCUGCUCCCACUCCGCUCCUUGCUGAGCAACAUGGCAGCUCCCCACAACCUCUUGCAACAACCCCCUUGAGUCAGGAGCCAGUGAAUCCCCCAUCUGAGGCCUCCCCAACCCGGGGCCGUUCACCACCUAAGUCUCCUGAAAAACCUCCCCCAUCUUCCUCCGAGAGCUCUCCACCAUCCCCUCAACCUGCCAAAGUCUCUCGGCAUGCCAGCUCUUCCCCUGAAAGUCCUAAGCCUACACCAGCUCCUGGGGCCCGCCGAGAGCUUUCUUCCUCUCCUACAUCUAAGAAUCGCUCCCACGGCCGAGCAAAGAGGGAGAAGUCGCAUUCUCAUACCCCUUCCCGGAGAGCAGCGAGGUCCCGCAGCCCCGCUACUAAGAGGGGGCGAUCUCGGUCUCGAACCCCUACCAAGAGAGGUCAUUCUCGGUCCCGGUCCCCUCAGUGGCGGAGGUCCCGGUCUGCACAGAGGUGGGGAAGGUCAAGGAGUCCACAGCGGCGUGGCCGCUCUAGGUCUCCUCAGCGACCAGGCUGGUCUAGAAGCAGAAAUACCCAGAGAAGAGGCAGGUCGAGGUCAGCAAGGCGAGGCAGGUCCCACUCUAGAUCCCCAGCCACUAGAGGCAGAUCCCGUUCUAGAACGCCCGCCCGGCGGGGCAGGUCCCGUUCCAGAACACCCGCCAGGCGCCGGUCUAGAUCCAGAACACCUGCCAGGCGCCGGUCUAGAUCCAGAACACCCGCCCGGAGGGGCAGGUCUCGCUCUCGAACGCCUGCCAGGCGCAGAUCUAGAACCCGAUCUCCAGUGCGGCGGCGGUCUCGCAGUAGAUCGCCGGCAAGGAGAAGUGCCCGAUCACGCUCGAGAACCCCAGCCAGGCGUGCUCGCUCACGCUCGAGAACCCCAGCUAGACGCGGUGGGCGCUCACGAUCCAGGACCCCAGCUAGACGUGGUGGGCGCUCACGAUCCAGAACCCCAGCCAGGCGAGGGAGGUCUCGAUCUAGAACACCAGCAAGGCGAGGCAGGUCCCACAGUCGAAGUCUGGCUAGACGGGGGAGAUCCCACUCCAGAACACCGCAAAGGAGAGGCAGGUCUGGCUCAUCCUCGGAGAGGAAGAACAAAUCCAGAACAUCUCAGAGGAGUAGGUCCAACUCAAGCACAGAAGUGAAGAAGUCUCGCGUUUCCUCACGGCGGAGCAGAUCUGUUUCUUCACCCCGAUCCAAAGCAAAAUCUCGCCUGUCUGUGAGGCGAAGCCUUUCAGGGUCCUCUCUGUGUCCCAAGCAGAAGUCACAGACGCCACCCAGGCGCAGUCGCUCUGGAUCAUCGCAACCUAAAGAGAAAUCUGUGACCCCAACAAGGCAGAGUUGCUCUGGUUCUCCACCGCCGCCUAAACAGAAAUCUAAGACGCCAUCAAGACAAAGUCAUUCUAGUUUAUCUCCUCAGCCUCAGGUGAAGUCCGGAACACCACCCAGGCCAGGGUCUGUAACAAGUCCCCAGGCCAAUGAGCAGUCUGCAACACCACUGAGACGGAGCCAUUCAGAGUCAUCACCUGAUGCUGAGGUGAAAUCCGGGACUCCUUUGAGACCUAGCUGCUCUGGGUCUUCCCCUCAGAUAAAGGCUAGCACACCUCCAGGACGGAGCCCAUCCGGGUCAUCCUCUCCACAACCGAAAGUGAAGGCUGUAUUGACUGUAUCCUCCCCAAGACAGAGAAGCCGUUCUGGCUCCUCUUCUCCGAGUCCUAGUAGGGUGGCAUCUAGAACACCUCCAAGGCAAGGCCGAUCGGUGUCUCCUUGCUCCAAGGGGGAAUCUAAGUUGUUGCCAAGACACAGCCGUUCUAGGUCCUCAUCACCAGAUGCCAAAGCGAAACCUGGAACGCCGUCAAGACAAAGCCACUCAGGGUGUACUUCUCCAUAUCCCAAAGUAAAGCCCCAAACUCCACCAGGGCAAAGUCUUACUGGAUCAAAGUCACCAGGUCCCCAAGAGAAGUCUAAAGACACACCAGCACAGAGUUGCUCUGGGUCCUUUUCUCUUUGUCUAGGAGUAAAAUCUAGCACACCACCAGAAGAGAGUGAUUUUGACUCAACUCUGCAACAGAAAGGACAAUCUCAAAUUUCACCAGAGCUCAUAUCUGGUACGUCAAGUCCAGAAGUGAGGCAGACUCACUUAGAAUCACCAUCUCUGCUGAGCAAAUCACAAACGCCUCCUAAAGGUUGCCGAUCUAGGUCCUCAUCUCCAGUCAGUGAGCUGGCUCCCAGGUCUCCAGUAAGACACGAGAGAAGUGAAUUGUUAAGUCCUAGGCUGAAAGCAGGAAUGUCUCCUGAACAGAGCAGGCCUCAGUCUGACUCUUUCUUAUAUCCUGCAGUGGACUCUAAGCCUCUUUUGGGGCAGAAUAAUAGAUCAGAACCCUUUUUUGAAUCAAAAGAGAAAGUAGCCUUACCGUCUCAGGAGGAUGUUACUGCAUCAUCUCCUAGGCCAAGAGACAAAUUUAGUCCUCUGGUGCAAGACGGGUCCGAGGCUUCACCAGUACUUAAAGACACACCAAGGAGUGGCGGUGGAUCACCUUCAGAUACGAGAGACCAAAAGAGUAUAUUAACUAAGUCAAAUCAAGAUGAGGAAUUAAUGGAAGUGACAGAGAAAUCUGAGCAGCCUUCCAUCCAAGUCCUACCCCAUUUGUCUCCAGAACGUAAAGAAGUGGCUGGGAGUAAUUUUGGAUUGUCUCCUGAAGUAGAAGAAAAGCCUGCAUCUUUGGCCCUUGACCACAGCCAGUCACAGGCUGCUUUGGAAACAGUAGAAAUCCCUGCACUGGCCUCAUCUUGGGGUGGACCACAGUUUUCUCCAGAACAUAAAGAACCGUCUAACUCACCUGGCAGGGAAAAUAGCUUUGGAUCACCUUUAGAAUUUAGAAAUUCAGGCCCUGUUACAGAAAUGAAUGCUGGGUUUUCUCCUGAUGUUAAAGAAGAUUUGAGUGGACCUUUCCUUAAUCAGCUGGAGACAGACCCGUCUCUGGAUGUGAAAGAACAAUCAACAAGAUCCUCUAGACGUAGCAGUUCUGAGUUGUCCCCAGAUGCAGUGGACAAGGCAGGAAUGUCUUCAAACCAGAGUGUCUCUUCGCCUGUUCCUGAUGCUAUACCUCGGACACCCUCAAGAGAAAGAAGUAGCUCUGCAUCUUCUGAACCGAAAGAUGGCUUACCCAGAACUCCGUCAAGGAGAAGCAGGUCUGGGUCUUCUCCGGGGCUUAGAGAUAGGUCUGGGACUCCUUCAAGGCACAGCCUGUCUGGGUCCUCCCCUGGAAUGAAGGAUGCACCUGGAACACCAUCCAGGGGGAGGAGCGAAUGUGACUCCUCGCCAGAACCCAAGGCUUUGCCUCAAACUCCUAGAGCAAGGAGUCGUUCUCCCUCAUCCCCAGAGCUCAACAACAAGUGUCUUACCCCUCAGAGAGAAAGAAGUGGGUCAGAAUCAUCCGUCGAACAGAAAACUAUGGCCAGAACUCCCCUUGGACAGAGAAGUCGAUCAGGAUCUUCUCAAGAGCCUGACGGGAAACCCAGCACAUCCCCACAGGAAAGAAGUGAGUCCGAUUCUUCUCCGGACUCUAAAGCCAAGACAAGAGUCCCACUUAGGCAGAGGAGUCGUUCAGGAUCAUCUCCAGAGGUGGACGACAAAUCCCAGCCUUCUCGGCGCAGUAGGUCUGCUUCGUCCCCCGAAGUGAAAGAAAAGGCGAGAGUGGUGCCCAGGACACAGAGUGCUUCCGAUUCUUCUCCAGAACCCAAGACUCCUGCCCCUCGGGCUCUGCCCAGACGAAGCAGGUCCGCUUCCUCGAGCAAAGACAGAGGCCCUUCUCCUGAAGGCAGCAGCAGUUCGGAGUCCUCUCCAGAGCACCUGCCCAAAGCAAGAGCUACUCGAAGAGGCUCCAGGUCCUCACCAGAACCCAAGACCAAAUCUCGCACACCACCUCGACGGCGUGGUUCUCGAUCAUCACCCGAGAUGACCAGGAAGGCCAGACUCUCUCGUAGAAGCCGCUCUGCCUCAUCCUCACCAGAAACCCGCUCCAGAACCCCGAGACGCCGGAGAAGUCCCUCAGUGUCUUCGCCAGAGCCGGCUGAGAAGUCAAGGUCUUCACGCCGGCGGCGUUCAGCUUCAUCUCCACGCACCAAGACAACUUCAAGGAGAGGCCGCUCUCCUUCGCCAAAGCCUCGUGGACUCCAGAGGUCCCGUUCCCGCUCGAGGAGGGAGAAGACAAGAACAGCCCGCCGUCGAGACAGGUCUGGUUCUUCUCAGUCAACCUCGCGGAGAAGGCAGCGCAGCCGGUCAAGGUCUCGGGUUACUCGUCGUCGGAGGGGAGGCUCUGGUUACCACUCCAGGUCACCUGCCAGGCAGGAGAGUUCUCGAACCUCCUCCCGGCGUCGAAGAGGUCGUUCUCGGACACCCCCAACUAGCCGGAAGCGUUCUCGCUCACGCACGUCACCAGCCUUGUGGAAACGCUCCAGAUCUCGAGCCUCUCCAGCUGCUCACCGGCGAUCCAGGUCCAGAACACCCCUGAUCAGCCGGCGGAGGUCCAGAUCUCGGACCUCACCAGUUAGUCGGAGACGGUCGAGGUCCAGGACAUCCGUGACUCGGCGAAGAUCUCGGUCAAGAGCAUCUCCAGUGAGUCGAAGGCGAUCCCGGUCCAGAACACCACCAGUGACUCGCCGCCGUUCAAGGUCCAGGACACCGACAACACGCCGGCGCUCUCGGUCCAGAACUCCGCCGGUGACUCGCCGGAGAUCCAGAUCAAGGACUCCCCCGGUAACCCGGAGGCGGUCUCGGAGCAGAACCUCGCCUAUUACUCGCAGAAGAUCAAGAUCCAGAACCUCCCCUGUCACUCGCAGGAGGUCUCGGUCUCGCACAUCUCCAGUCACGCGGAGGAGGUCUCGCUCCCGAACCUCCCCCGUGACACGCCGCCGCUCGAGGUCUCGGACACCUCCAGCUAUCCGGCGCCGUUCUAGGUCUCGCACACCGCUGUUGCCUCGCAAGCGGUCCCGCAGUCGCUCACCACUUGCUAUCCGCCGCCGUUCUAGGUCCCGUACUCCACGAACAACUCGAGGCAAACGUUCCUUGACACGGUCUCCUCCAGCCAUUCGCAGGCGCUCGGCGUCUGGAAGCAGUUCAGAUCGUUCACGCUCUGCUACUCCUCCGGCAACGAGAAAUCACUCUGGUUCUCGGACACCUCCAGUAGCACUCAACAGCUCCAGAAUGAGCUGCUUCAGUCGUCCUAGCAUGUCGCCGACUCCUCUCGACCGCUGUCGGUCACCUGGAAUGCUUGAACCCCUCGGCAGCUCUAGAACACCCAUGUCUGUCCUGCAGCAGGCGGGUGGCUCCAUGAUGGACGGUCCAGGCCCGCGGAUACCUGAUCAUCCCAGAGCAUCUGUGCCAGAAAAUCAUGCCCAGUCUAGAAUUGCACUUGCCCUGACAGCCAUCAGUCUUGGCACUGCCCGACCUCCUCCGUCCAUGUCUGCUGCUGGCCUUGCUGCAAGAAUGUCCCAGGUUCCAGCUCCAGUGCCUCUCAUGAGUCUCAGAACGGCCCCAGCUGCCAACCUUGCGAGCAGGAUUCCUGCAGCCUCUGCAGCAGCCAUGAACCUGGCCAGUGCCAGGACACCUGCCAUUCCACCAGCAGUGAACCUGGCUGACUCACGAACACCAGCUGCCGCAGCAGCGAUGAACUUGGCCAGUCCCAGAACAGCGGUGGCACCAUCAGCUGUGAACCUUGCUGAUCCUCGCACCCCUGCAGCCUCAGCUGUGAACCUAGCAGGAGCCAGAACCCCUGCAGCCUUGGCAGCUUUGAGCCUCACAGGCUCUGGCACACCCCCAACUGCUGCAAAUUACCCCUCCAGCUCCAGAACACCCCAGGCUCCAGCCCCUGCAAAUCUGGUGGGUCCCCGGUCUGCACAUAGUGCGGCUCCUGUGAAUAUUGCCAGCACCAGGACCCCUGCAUCCUUGGCUCCUGGAGGUCUUACCAGUGCUAGGAUGGCUCCAGCAUUGUCCGGUGCAAACCUCACCAGUCCCAGGGUGCCUCUUUCUGCUUAUGAGCGAGUCAGUGGGCGAACCUCACCACAGCUCCUCGACCGAGCUAGGUCCAGAACACCACCAUCUGUCCCUAGCCAAUCUAGGAUGACCUCUGAGCGGGCCCCGUCCCCUGUCUCGAGAAUGGUCCAGACUUCCGCACAGUCUCUUCUCCCUCCAGCGCAGGAUAGGCCUAGGUCCCCUGUGCCAUCUGCUUUUUCAGACCAGUCUCGUUCCUUGAUGGCCCAGACCACCUCUGUAGCAGGCCCUCAGCCCCUUUCCUCUGGGGCAGUGGCAAAGACCAUGUCCUCCGCUGGUGACCACAAUGGCAUGCUCUCUGGCCCUGCCCAAGGGGUGUUGCACCCCGAGGGUGGGGAAUCACCUCCUGGGGCCCAGCAGUCUGCAUUGGCCGCCCUGCAGCCAGCAAAGGAGCGGCGGAGCUCCUCCUCCUCCUCCUCCUCCUCCAGCUCUUCCUCUUCCUCCUCCUCGUCCUCGUCGUCAUCGUCCUCUUCUGGCUCCAGUUCUAGCGACUCGGAGGGCUCUAGCCUUCCCCCUCAACCUGAGGUGGCACUAAAGAGGGUCCCCAGCCCCACCCCAGCCCCAAAGGAGGCUGUUCGAGAGGGACGUCCCCAGGAGCCAACCCCAGCCAAACGGAAGAGGCGUUCUAGCAGUUCCAGCUCCAGCUCCUCCUCGUCGUCGUCGUCCUCCUCCUCCUCCUCCUCCUCCUCCUCUUCCUCUUCCUCCUCCUCUUCUUCCUCUUCGUCCUCCUCCUCCUCGUCCUCCUCCUCCUCCCCUGCUAAGCCUGGCCCUCAGGCCUUGCCCAAACCUGCAAGCCCCAAGAAGCCACCCCCUGGCGAGCGGAGCCUCCUCCCUGUCUCCCUGCCUCCACGCCAUUCUCUUCCACACGUAGCCAGAGGGAUCUUUCUAAAACGCACAUCUGGUUACUUCCCUCCACUCCACAAAUCCUUCCGGGACGCCCUGUGGCCUGCAGGACAAAGCCCCACCUCUGCAGGAAUGGCGUGUGAGGCUCUUCACCAGCUGGCCUUGCCCGCCCUGUGUGCUCCUCCUGCCCGCCCCCACACAUGCCCUGUGCUCCAGCAUACUCAGCGCCUUGCAGUCUAAGGAGAGCCCCAUACCUUUGGACAUGCUGUUCCUUCUGCCUGGAAUUCCUUGUCCGCCUGGUGAACUCCUCGUUCUGCAAGACUCCGCUCAAACAGCACCUCCGAGAAGACUGCCCUGCCCCUGCCCCGCCCCACCCCUGGGCCCCUCCCCUGGGCUCCCAGAUGUGUGUACAUCCACUACCCUGGGCCUGCUUCCUACACAGGGGGCCAUGUGUGCCUGACCUGUUGGCCUCCGUCCACCACCAGACUGAGUUCCUCCAAGUGCAGGGACUGUCUUUAUCUUUGCAUCCCCCGCUGCCCCCUGUGGCCUGCCCACUGGGGACACUCGGUGGAUGGUGUGCGGGCGGAUGGGUGAGUGCGGACAAAGGUGGGUCUGAGGCUGGCCCCGUGUGGUGUGAGGUUUGGUGGUCAGGACCUGGGUGGGUGGUCCUGAGUGCUGGCUGGUGGGUUUGGAAGAGAGUGGUGCUAUAGAGGUCUCUGCUUCUCAGGUCUCGCAGCCCCCGGAAGCCAAUAGACUCUCUUCGGGACUCCCGGUCCCUGAGCUAUUCACCUGUGGAGCGUCACUGUCCCUCACCCCAGCCC